AUGGAAAGGGUGACGGAAAGCGUCGAGGACGGAGUUGGAGCAGAUUUCAAGGAUGCUUAUUCCUUCGCCAUACCGGUGAAAGGAGUGAUCCAAGUUGGAAGGCACGAGCGUGAAUGUCAGCUACAGAUAAAGGACCUCAGGGCAAGCUCAGUCCACUUUAGACUUUGGGUUGUUCGCUUCAACGUGGACUCUCCUCCUUUUACGUAUCUUGCUGAUACCUCGAAGAACGGCACGUUCGUCAAUAAGCUUAAGGUUGGAAGAGGGAAUGUCGUUCUUCUCAACGACGGCGAUGAAAUCGAGGUUAUCCAUGGGCUAUACUGCCGCUUCAGAAAUCUAAUUGGUCAUUCCCAAUGCUUCGAGCCCAACAUGCGAUUUAUUCGCCAGAGGCACUCUGACGCUGAAUGGAUGGUAACCAAUAAGAAGUUAGGUGAAGGGUCCUUUGGUGCUGUUCACUAUGGCUUGGAUACUCUUAGAAACAAACAUGUUGCGGUGAAAAUCAUCAAGGCAGUCGGUUCAAAGACCGAUAGAUUGAAGAACGAAGCACAAAUCUUAAUGAAAAUCCAUCACCCAAACAUUGUACAAGUAUAUGAAACACAUCACAUAGAUGAGACUUUGUACAUCUUCGAAGAACUAUUUUGUGGAGGAGAUCUCUUCUCUUACUUAUUGAAAGGAGAAAGGUUAAGUUCAAUUCCCGAAAUUGAAGCUCUUUUCAUUGUUUACCAAAUAUUACAAGCUCUAAAAUUUUUACACAACAAUUUGAAUGUUAUUCAUCGUGAUAUCAAGCUUGAUAAUGUUCUUUUGGAAGCUCCAAUUCCAGGAACCCGUAUUGCAAUUUGUGAUUUUGGAAUCGCUAAAUCCUUAAAAGCUCCAAAUGCAAGAGCAAAUACAAUCGUUGGAACAAUUGAAUAUAGUGCACCAGAAGUCUUUGCAGAGAAUUCCGACUGCAAUAAAGGCUGUUUGUUAAAUAAUAAAAGCAUUAAAGGAUAUAAUUCCAAAUGUGACCUUUGGUCUCUCGGAAUAAUGACAUCUAUAAUGCUCUCUGGAGUAUCUCCUUUUCUCGAUGAAAAUGAUAAAUUCAACACCCUACGUAAUGCUAAGCUGGGAAAUAUCGACUUCAAUUUAUCCCAUUGGAAUGGGGUUUCUUUACAAGGCAAAAGUUUCGUGGAUCAAUUACUCAAAGUCAGUCCAUUCGAAAGAAACGACGUAAGUGCAUGUUUGAACCAUCCUUGGAUCGUUAGAAGAAAAUCAUUAUUGCAAAAAAAAUACCAGUCAAGAGUUUACGAAUAUCUCAAGUAA